AUGUUGAAGUGGCUAGAAGAACCACCUCUGUUACCAGGGGCUUGCUCAAUCUGGGCUGCCUCGGAAGUGGUGGCGGCAUUGGGAGAGGGUCUUUCUUCUUGGCGAGGCGGGGGAGACAAAGAACGCUCAUCGUUCGUGGGAGGCGGGCUAGGAGGUGUGACUUGGCGCGGGGGAGACUUUGGGUUUUCUUUUUCUGUUUCUCUUUCUUUCUCCCCGGCGGCAGCAUUGGAGCAUGUGGCGGCAGCUGCGGCGCUUAUGCCAGCAGUUGGUUGUUGUUGUGGCGCCUAUAGUGGCAGACUUGGCAGCGGCACCGGUGGCUGUACCAGCGGCAGCAUAAUCGAGGGCUGUGACAGUGACAGGCUCAGUGGCCGCGGUGGUGGAAGCUUCGGCGGCAGGGAGUUGGCUCGUCCAGUCAGUUGGAGACUUGGAGCUUGCAAUGGUAGCGGUGGUGGCAACUUUCUUGCCUUGGCCACAGCGGCGGCGGUGGGUUGA